UUCUCAACUUACAAUGCCUUUGUUCUUCAAAAUUUCCAUCUUCUUCUUCUUUGUUAGUACAUCAUUAUCAUCAUCCCCUCUUGAGUACAACCACCCGUUGGAGUCUCUCACUCUAUUUGAACUAACUCAAGUAACAAACAUAGUCAAAAAUUCCUAUUUUCCACUCAAUGUAACAUUUCAUUAUGUUGGCUAAAAUGAACCAAACAAACAAUUAGUCCUUUCAUGGCUAUCAUCCACUCAUCAUCCUUCUCCACCUCGCGAAGCUAUUGUUAUCACUCGAAUUGAUCAAAAAACACAUGAAAUCAUCGUAGACUUAUCGAGUGUUUCAAUUUUAUCAGAUAAAAUCUAUAAUGGACAUGGCUACCCCAUGCUUACAUUACAAGAGCAAACAGCUGCAAAUGAGUUACCAUUAACGUAUCCACCAUUUAUAUCGUCCAUUAAAAAGAGAAGGCUAAAGCUAAAAGAAGUCGCGUGUCAAGGCUAUCCUGUUGGAUGGUAUGGAGAGGAAAAGAAGAGUACUAACAGAAUGGUUAAAGUCAUUUGCUAUUACUUAGAUGGCACAAUUAAUCUUUAUAUGAGACCAAUUACAAUUAAUGUUCUUCUUGAUCAAAUGACAAUCGCGAGUUAUAUUGAUCGUUUGAUUGUUCCUGUCCCUAAAGCUAAUGGGACAGAUUACAUGGGAUCAAAGCGGCAUAGAUCAUCUCAUGAAUCUAAUUCAAUAAAAAUAGUGCAGCCUGAUCGACCAAGUUUUACUCUAGACGAUGGAAACACAGUGAGGUGGGGUGAUUGGAAGUUCCACGUAGCGUAUGACAUGAGAGCGGGAAUAAUCAUAUCACUAGCAUCGAAGUUUGAUGCUGACAAAGGAGAAUUUCGGAGUGUAAUGUACAGAGGAUUUGUGUCUGAAGUUUUUGUGCCAUACAUGGAUUUAACUGAAGAAUGGUACUACAGGACUUAUUUUGAUGCAGGUGAAUUUGGAUUUGGUCUAUGCGCGGUAGAGCUUGAACCAUCAAAAGAUUGUCCUGAGAACGCGAAGUUUAUUGAUGGCUUCUUCAUAUCUCAAGAUGGUACACCAGGAAAAAUGCCUAAUGUAAUUUGUAUAUUCGAACGUUAUGCUGGAGAUAUCAUGUGGCGCCAUACAGAGGAUGCAAUUCCCGGAGAAAAGAUACGAAAGGUUAGAUCGGAGGUAAGCCUGGUGGUGAGAAUGGUGUCGACUGUAGGGAAUUAUGAUUACAUUACUGAUUAUGAAUUCAAACAAAGUGGCACCAUCAAAGUCACGGUUGGGUUAACUGGUCUACUUGAAGUAAGGGGAUCGAUAUAUACUCGUAACGAUCAGAUAAAAGAAGAAGUGUAUGGUACACUAAUAGCAGAAAACACACUAGGUGCAUAUCAUGAUCAUUUCUUUACCUAUCACCUUGAUUUAGACGUAGACGGUCAUGAAAACUCCUUUGUGAAAAAUAACUUGAAAACUAGACGCGUAGUAAAUAAAAGUUCACCAAGAAAGAGUUAUUGGACAGUUGUUAGUGAAACAGCUGAAACAGAAUCAGAUGCAAAGAUUCAGCUAGGUUCAUCACGAGGCGCCUUUGAAAUGGUAGUGGUGAACCCGAACAAGAAGACAGAGAUUGGGAAUGAAAUAGGCUACUGUUUGAUCCCGGGUGGAUCUGCAACAAGUCCAUUGUUAAGUGACAACGAUUACCCUCAAAUGCGCGGAGGUUUUACCAAGUAUAAUGUGUGGGUAACACCUUAUAACAAGUCUGAGAAAUGGGCAGGAGGAUUAUAUACUGAUCAAAGCCAUGGGGAUGAUACAUUAGCCGUAUGGAGCCUUAGGGAUAGGGAAAUCAAGAACAAGGAUAUUAUAUUAUGGUAUACAUUUGGUGUUCAUCAUGUACCCAAACAAGAAGAUUUUCCAAUUAUGCCAACAUUAAGCACUGGUUUUGAGCUCAAGCCUACUAAUUUCUUUCAGCAUAAUCCAGUUCUAUAA